AUGGAGCGCUCGCUAUCCGAGGAUCGAAGGGCAGGAGGCAGAAUGGAGGAGUCGUUCCAAGAAGAAUCUUCGUCCUCUGAUGAGUCUGGUUGGAUAAGAAGGUUAGAGCAAGCCUCUGUGAACAAGCAUUCUCCUCAAAGAAAUCAACCAAACGGCUUCCUUGCCAGCACGCGCCCCAAGGCGGAAUCCCAAAGUCUUGAUGGAUCUCCUGAGGUUCACGUCGUCGUACAAAGAAAGGAGGCUCAUGUUGAACAUGGAUUUGGCCAUGUUGUAGAAUUCAAGACCUGA